AUGUACCGAAAUUGCUCCAUCUCCGGUGCAGAUGUCAUCAGGGAGCCGAGAUUCUGGGCCUUGCUCAAGGAGCCAAACAACCGGGCGACGGCGCUGCCGAACCAGGUCAUCUGGACCAACAUGUCGGCGCUGUCGUUCGAGAAAUGCGACGACGUAUGGCAGGCCCUCGCCAAGCGGCUCGAGGCCGGCGCCAACGCGCGCCACCAGGCCAAUAGCUCCCUGCCGCUCACCGAGCGCGCCUUCGUGCCGCUGACCAUCGAGGUGCGCUCGCAGCCCGCCCCCGCGCGCUCCUCCGGCCCGUGCGCCCGCCAGCAGCCCACGCGUGGGCCCGCGCGCAGCGGCACCCACCCACCCUCGACACCCCCCCUGCCCACAGGAGGAGUUCGACGUCAAGCUGACGGAGCUGCUGCGCAUCAUGAAGCGCCUCGACUGGAUCGACGUGUUCGAGUGCGGGCCGCCCCUCAACGCGUCGAUCCGCCCGCUCCUCCAGACCGCCAACACCACCCAACUCCCCCUGAAGAAGAUGUACAUCGACGGUGCGCCGCCCGCCCCGACGCGCCGACGACCCGCGCGCGAGCCCGCGGAACACGCCGUGCACGGCCGCCCGCCGCCCGCACGCGCCGUCGAAACACUCCCCCCCGGCCCCCGGCUGUGCGUGCAGCGACCAAGCUGCGCCCGGACCUGCUGAAGUCGUUCGUGAGCAUGCUCAUCAACGCCACGCAGCUCGAGUCGCUCAGCAUCUUCAACUGCAAGCUCAACCACGAGGAAAAGCGCAUCGCCAACGUCGAGGACGUGCCGCUGCAGGCGUCAGCGCAGAUGGUCUACAGCGUCUCCCUGCUGCAGCGCCUGCGCACGCUGCAGAUCUCCCUGCCGCGCGUGCACCCGGACCUCGCGCUGUGGACCGCGCUCUCGCGGCUGCCCGAGCUCGAGCUGCUCGAGGUGGAGCGCAGCCCCGCGUUCGUGUCCAAGUCGCGGCACAGGGACGAGAUGGUGUGCUGGUCGGACCUGGAGCCGCUGAGCGAGCUCAAGAAGCUCCGCGUGCUCAAGCUGACGAACGUCAUGAUGGAGCACGAGGACGGCCCAGGCGACCUCGCCCUCGAAAUGUCCCGGAAGCGCGUCGGAAAGAACCUCAAGUGGCUCAAGGGUCUGACGCACGUGGAGAUCAACAUGGAGCAGUCGCUGGAGGACCACGGCUGGGUCAUUCCCAUGCAUGUCGUGCGGCCGCUGCCCACGCUGGCCGCGCUCGACACGCUGCACGUGCAGUGCGCGAGCGCGUCGCUCAUCGAGAUAUCGAAGAAGCUGUCGGGGCUGAAGCACCUCGGGCUGGACUUCCACUGGGAGGAGAGCGCUGCGGAGGCCCCCACGGCGGAGCGCUGCGAGUGCCUGGGCACGCUCAAGUCGCUGCAGUGCCUCAUGCUUGCCAACCUGCGCAUCCGGCAGGACGAGCACAUGAACUUCCUCACGCCCCUCACCAACCUCCGCGUCCUUAUGCUCCAAAUCGUGCCCUUCGACGACUGGCUCGAGCUCAGCCCGGCCCCGGAGGUCCACCCUCGCGCCCGCGCCAUGUCCCUCGCCCUCUUCGGACAGCUCCCGCUCCUCGAGUACCUCACCGUCGACCUGGGCUUCAGCAUCCCCGAGGACGCCGGCGAUGAAAGCGACAUGCCGAUGGUGGUGCCGACGGGCCUGACCGCGCUCCUCGGGCUGCGGCACCUGCGCGUGAUGGGCCUGCAGAGCUUCUGCCUGCACCUCCUCUCGCAGCCCAAGCACCCGGACGGGCCCGACGCGUGGCGGCGCCUGCUCAAGCGCCUCAAGGGGAUCUACAUCUCGCAGGCCGGGUUCCCGGGCAUGGUGCAGCUGCGCGACUGGGUCGAGAUGUGCGGCGGCAUGAUUGCGGUCUACCUGCACAUGUGCCAGCUGCCCGACGCGCGCCUGCGGCAGGGGGCCGCGGUCACCGAGGCGGCCAUCGAGAUCGCGCGCGUGCGCCUGGUCCAGAAGGGCGUCAAGACGGACUUCCGCUCGUUCGAGGAGCUGGUCAAGACGCUCCCGGGGUGGAAGGAGAGCAACGCCAACAGCGAGGACGCCCCCGUGACGCUGGACGACAUCGGCAACCUGUCCGACCCGCGGCAGCAGCAGGACCAGGACGUCGGGUUCCCCGACAUGAUCGAAGACGUCGACUUGGGGGGGCAGCUCAUCGUGUGA